AUGGAAACGGAACCUUCCUCCGAUCGCAUCGACUCUCUUCCACUGGUUGACCUCCGCCUCCUGUCUCAGCCUGAACUCUACACCCUCUCCCUCUCCGGCGCCACUCACCGCCACCGCCUCCGCAACGACGAUUUCGUCAUUCCGAAAAUCGACCGUUCCAAUUUCAACGAAUCCGCUGGCAGCCGCAAACAGACCUAUUCCAAACUCCGUCUCAACAAGCGCAAACAAAAUUUCGCCGUUCCCGGCUCCUCCUCCCUCCACAUUCCCCUCCACAUUCCGGAGCCCGUCGACCUAGAAAACUCCCAAAUUAUCUAUCUGUUGCAGCAACUCUUUGGCGUCGAGCCUCUCCGCAACGCACCGCGCCGUGACCGUGGCGAUGUGGCGGACCUCCAACUGGUUCCGGUCCCGGUCGAUUUCAAACAACCGCCUCAGGAGUCGGCGACAUUCCAGAACCUUCCGAUUGACGUCGUUGAUUCUUCUCAGAGGAAGAGGAAGCGCGGACGGCCGAGGAAGAACGAGAAUUCGGUAUCGCUAUUCGAGGAGGAGACGAGGAAGGUUAGAGGCGAGGGCAGGACAGUGGCGGCGGUCAACGAGAGGGAAUUUGUUAUGGACGUGGAUGGUUUGGAUAAUGACCCGUUUGGGGAGGAGUUGAAAAGAAGGACCGAAGGGUUGGAGACGGAGCGGCAGUUGUUGGAAUAUUUGGAAACUUUGAAUGGUGAAUGGGCGAGUCAGAGAAAGAAGAGGCGGAUUGUACCGGCCAGUGAUCUUGGCGACUUGUUGCCUGUGGGAUGGAAGAUCAUUAUUACUCUUUUGAGGAGGGCAGGUCGUGCUUCUGUUGUUUGUCGCCGUUACGUAAGGUUAAACACUAGCCAUGUCACAAAACAUUGCAUGACAGCAGUAUCUCACGGUUUUGGAUGUGAAACUGGCACAACAGUAUCAACACCAAGAUGCAAUGUGACCUUUUGCCAUGGGGUGCUGCUGCUCUGCUCUGCACUGGUUCCUAGUGGACACCAGUUUGAGUCUUGCAAAGAAGCUUCUGCAUACUUGCUUUCUGUUUCUGGUGUUCAAGAUAAGGGCCAUUUAAAAUUUAGUUAUACUGAUGAUGGUGCUCUGCAAUUGUCCAGUAGUAUGAACAUGGCAUCUGAAAGUAGUGUUGGCCAUGUCCCUACUUCUGACACGAAGACUGAUGCCAAUACAAGUUAUUUGUCUUUAGCCGGUGCAUCUAUUCACUCUUCUCACGAGAAACAGCCCCCAAUAUCAUCAUCAAUUGGGAGCGAAAAUUUCAAUGGUGAUCUGGCUUUGGGUUGUAAAUUAGGAGAUGGUACUAGUGGAGACUUUAGAGGCCCUGACCAUCUAACUGAAGAUAAACAACUGUUGGAGGCUAAUAAGAAUGAUGGAAAUUCAGUUCAGAGAUGUUCUCACAUGGAGGAUAGAGUUUGUAAUUUAUGCAGUGAGAAGUUGGUUGGUGCUAUUGAGUCUACUGAUGCUGCAUGCAAUCUUUAUAUUCCUUUAGUUUUCUCAACUCCUUUCUCCAAUAAUAGUAUUGACAAUGGUCAGAUUUCAGAGGAUAUAAAUGCUGCCACAUGCAUAAAAGGGGGCAUUAAUAAUUUUUCUAUUGAGGAUAGAAAUACUGGAUUUGUUCAAACUUUUCACAAUGAAAAUGAGCAAGCACAUGUUGACAGCAGUGGGCUUGGGCUUUCUAUGAAAUUAGAAGAGAACACUCAGAAAGUAAGUUUUCAAAGCAGCAUUCUGGCUCCUAACUCUGAGGGGGAAAUAUUUGCUGGUAAAAAUUUAGAGGAUAGAUAUCCUAUCAGUUCACAGGUUAAUAUGGAUAUUAGAGAUGGAGAAGCCAUUAAUAGUGACCAACAACCAAGUAUAUGUAGCACAGAUCAGGCUGAAAUUAAAGAUGUUUCUACUGAUGUUAAACUGCAGAGUAGAUAUGAGGGUUGUUCCCUUGUCUCAUCUCAUAGUGAACUUAAACAUACAUCUAUAAGUAAUAUGGACAGGACACAGACUUCUGAGUUGAAGGACUCUGCUGAGGAAAAUAUUUUUGACAGUGAUUUAUUUAGCUCAUCUAUUGAUGAAAGAGCAUGUGUUCACAGUGGUUACAUUAGUAAUGUUUCUUUUAGCUCUUGCACACAGGAUGCAUCUGAGUAUGGUGGUUUUGAUUUUGCUUCUGAUCUUAAAUUAACUAAGGAUGUUAGUGAUAAUCAUAUUUUUUCUAAUGAGGAAGCUGUGACUAGAUGUUUACAGGAGAGGAGUUCCUUGAAUGACCAAAAUAGCAUGAUGGACAAUCUGUUGCAUAGAAGUUCUCAGAGUAACCUAUUUGCUCUAACUGCUAAUCAGCACGCUUCUGCUUUUCAUGAUAAUGUGAAUAAUAUCUGUGAUGGAACUUUUGAUGCACUCAAAGCUGUUGAUGCUGGAUACAUGGAGCCUCAGUUGGGCAUUGUUUCUUGCAGCAAUAUUACUCUAGAUGCAUAUACUACUGCAAGUAUCAUGCGGAGGAACUCACAAGAAUGUGUAUCUGUUCCUCAUGGUGGAAGUAUAUUAAACUUUGAGAAGAAAAGUGAUGAUGGUGUUAAUAAAGCAAAUAAGUCUUGCUUACCAGAAAAGGCUCAGAAUGAAGUUGAAAUAUUCCAAACUGACUCCAUGGAUUCAGCUGGUCAUGCGGGUGGCUUCUCUGUUCCAGAGAGGCUAAAGGAAUACAUUCCAGAGGUAGGCUCAAGGGGAUGGAUAUCUAGAAAGCUUGCAGAUGGUCCUACCAUAUUACUUCCUUCCAGUAAUCCUGAUUUGUGUGAGAAGAAUAUAAGAAGAUCCUCUGCGGAGAAAUUAUACGAACGAGUAGUUUCUUGA